CCCUCAUAAGGCCCGGCCGCGACCCCGCGGUCCCCACGCACAGUGGCCGCCGCGGACAUGGCGUGGUUGUGGCUGUGGCUAGGGGGGCAGAAGCUGCUGCUCUGGGGCGCGGCCAUCGCGGUCUCCAUGGCCGGCGCCACCCUGGCCCUGAGCGUCCUGCAGAUGGUGGCGAGCUACGCGCGGAAGUGGCACCAGAUGAGGCCCAUCCCCACGGUCGCCCGCGCCUACCCUUUGGUGGGUCACGCGCUAAUGAUGAAGCGGGACGGGAGAGAAUUUUUUCAGCAGCUAAGUCAGUACACAGAAGAAUACCGCCAUAUGCCACUGCUAAAACUCUGGGUCGGACCAGUGCCAAUGUUGGCCCUUUAUAAUGCAGAAAAUGUGGAGGUAAUUUUAACUAGUUCAAAACAAAUUGACAAAUCCUCCAUGUACAAGUUUCUAGAACCAUGGCUGGGCCUGGGACUUCUUACCAGUACUGGAAACAAAUGGCGCUACAGGAGAAAAAUGCUGACGCCCACUUUCCACUUUACCAUUCUGGAAGAUUUCUUAGAUGUCAUGAAUGAACAAGCAAAUAUAUUAGUUAGUAAGCUUGACAGCCACGUCAACCAAGAAGCGUUUAAUUGCUUUUUUUACAUCACUCUCUGUGCCUUAGACAUCAUCUGUGAAACAGCCAUGGGGAAGAACAUCGGUGCUCAGAGCAAUGAGGAUUCCGAGUAUGUCCGUGCAGUUUAUAGGAUGAGUGAUUUGAUAUUCCAGAGGAUGAAGAUGCCCUGGCUUUGGCUUGAGUCUUGGUACCUUAUGUUUAAGGAAGGACGGGAACACAAAAAGGGCCUUAAGAUCCUACAUACUUUUACCAACAAUGUCAUCGCGGAACGGGCCAGUGAAAUGAGGACAAAUGAAGAAUAUAAUGAAGAGCCCUCCAAAAAUAAACGAAGAGCUUUUCUUGACUUGCUUUUAAGUGUGACCGAUGAGGAAGGAAACAAGCUAAGUCAUGAAGCUAUUCGGGAAGAGGUUGACACCUUCAUGUUUGAGGGCCACGAUACAACCGCAGCUGCAAUAACCUGGGCCCUAUACCUAUUGGGCUGUAACCCAGAAGUCCAGAAAAAAGUGGACAAUGAGCUGGAUGAAGUGUUCGGGAAGUCUGAUCGUCCUGCUACCUCAGAAGACCUGAAGAAACUGAAAUACCUGGAAUGUGUCAUUAAGGAGACCCUUCGCCUUUUCCCUUCUGUUCCUCUGUUUGCCCGGACUCUUAAUGAAGACUGCACAGUGGCGGGUUACAAAGUUCUAAAAGGCACCGAAGUCAUCAUCAUUCCCUACGCAUUGCACAGAGACCCCAGAUACUUCCCCAAUCCUGAAGAAUUCCAGCCGGAGCGCUUCUUUCCCGAGAAUGCCCAAGGACGCCAUCCGUACGCCUAUGUGCCCUUCUCUGCGGGGCCCAGGAACUGUAUAGGUCAAAAGUUUGCCAUCAUGGAAGAAAAGACCAUCCUGUCCUGCGUCCUACGGCACUUUUGGGUAGAAUCCAACCAGAAAAGAGAAGAACUUGGUCUGGCAGGAGAGUUGAUUCUUCGUCCGUGUAACGGCAUCUGGAUCAAGCUGAAGAGGAGAAACGCAGACGACUCCUAAUUCCGUUACAGGACUGUGCCUUUAUCAUGAAAAAGAUCUUUGCUUAAGAGAUACUUGGCAUUUGCAAUCUGUAGAUCAUGAAUUCAAUGUUCUUAAAUCCCUGAGCCUCAUUUUCUCUUGUCCCCACUGACCUUGGGGUUAAGUCUACCAAAGA